GGAAAAAAAGGCUAGAACAAUCGCUCCCCCCACCCUCGUCAAUUUGGCCCUGCCCUGCCCCACCCCCAUUCCUGGGGAGGGGGGCAAAGCUGGGGAGAAAGCCACUGGCGCCGGCCUCAAGCGAGGGGGUGUGGUGGUCCCCGGAGACAGGAAGAGAAGGAAGAAGCUGCUUCCCCUUUGCCCCCCUCCCCCCACUGCCCCCUCGGGCCCCAGGGGCCCAGCAAACAGGAUGGAUGUGGGGGCAGGGAAAACAGGGUCAGAGCGCAGACACCAGCCCCGGUUCAGCUUGGCCAGCUGGGAGUGGAGGCCUUGCCCCAAGACGGACCCCCUAAGCCUGGGGAAAGCCCUGGAACAAGGAGGCAGGAAACCCCGCAGUGAAAGCUGCCGUGAAUACUUCCUCCUGGAAAGUUUGUUUGGGGUGAUUUGUUUCGACAAUAAGAGGUUAGAGAAGAAGAGUAGUCCCGUUCCCCUAUCGACACUCUGGAAGCAGCAGCUACUGGAAACUGGGCCGGUGAAUUUUCCAGCCAUGCACGACCCCUCCGCCCAGACCCCAGUCCGAGCCACGGGUGCCAGACACCAGCUGGGCGCGGAGCCGGGCCCCGCGCCAGUCCCGCUGUCAUCGCAUCCCACCUCGGCCGGCGCAGCCCUAACACGGCACCCACCGGGGCGGAGGGAGUCGCCGCAGAGUGAGCCCUGGGACGCAGACGAGCAGGGCAAAGUCUCCCUCGCCAGCGUCGGGGCGAGAGUCGGGGACGCGGCGUCGGGCGAGCUCCACGGGCCCCAGGUCAGGCGCGACCCCACAGCCACCUGCGCUCAUCCCUCCCCGCCCUUCUCAGAUCUCCAGCUCACGCAGCCCCCAGCGCAGUCGGCCCGAACCUCGCGCCCCCUAAGUGGCCGCGCCCAAGGGUCCCAGCGCGCCCCCUGCCGCCGGUGCAGGGUGGCGCUCCCCGGCUCGCGCCCUCACCUGCCCCGUGACGGCGGGGAUCGGCCUCUCGGCCGCUUGCCGCCCUUCCCUCGCCCCAGCGAUCCCUGCCCCGAUCGUCCGCACCUGCGUGUGGAGCCUGGCCGGGCUGGGUAGG